AUGUGGGUUGCCGGCGCCGGGAGCCCUUCCGUCAAGAGCAGCAAGAUGGCAGUUGACCCCCCUCGCUCCCCUUCUCCCGCUGCCACCUCGAGAACCAUCCCCGAGUCAUUCGAUGUCAACACGACGAUGGCGCUAGCGGAGGCGGGCUCUACCCGUCAACCUUGUCAGAGCAUCCCCAAAGAGAAAGUCUGGAAGAAUGAUGUCAUGGUUCAGUCCGAGAACCUCGGUCAUGGAAUCAUGACGAUGCUGAGCUUGGCGGGCUGCGAGCAAGGAUGGGCCAUGGCGAGUAGGGAAUCCCAAGAGAUGACCAAGGCGAAGGGGGGAGACCAUACUGAAGAGCUUCAUGGACACCAGAGAGCAUCUCCAAAAGGGUUGUUUGCACUGAGUUUGGGCGUGCCAUGGAGAAGUUCAUCAUGUAUCGUUGCUGCACCAAUUGAGCAAAAC